AGUGACGUCAGUCGAGUCAUGCACAUCACUCGAACGUAAACGCUGAUUUGGAGUUGACCUCGGUAUAAAUACGACGUUUAUUUAUCAACUUGAAUAAACAAGAUCGCAUACAACAAGGAAACAACACACUAAAAAAUCUACUCCACUACCAACAUAAUUAUGUCAACGACAACAACCACACCAGUGCUUGCCUUGUUGUUCCUGGCUGGGUUGGUUGCCUCACAGCCCGGGAAUGGAGCAGGAAAUCGUGGAGGUUUAGGAAGGCGACCCGGGGUUCCAAUGCCCGGUGGACUGAGGCCAUCAAAUGUCAAUGACGCCACAAUUCAGAGUGCGGCUAACACCGCUGUACAGAGGCUUGGCUCGGAGUAUUCACUGAUUCGUGUAAACAGUGCGUCAACUCAGGUCGUUGCAGGCACUUUGUAUCAUUUGGAGCUUGCAGUGUCAAAAACCACUUCAUCACAAACAGGUGUAAAAAAUUUCACGUGCAAUGUGAAAGUCGUUGAACAACCAGUGGAUGUCCUACAUUGAGAUGACCGAGUUUUGCUGUAAAAUCUCGAGCUAAAGAUGACACAUAAUAUAGCAUUAUAAUGUGGUGUUUUUGUCUCGAAUGGAC